AGCUGAGCGUGAGGUCCGGGGGACGGUGCACCAAGCUUGUAAACAGACCCUAUGGAGGUGCUGUUAAAGUUUCUGAUGCAGGUGCUGGCCUCUUCAAAGAUGGGGACCAAUAGCUGAAGGUGUCACAGACCCAACAAGCUCCUAAUCCUAGGCUGUGCAGCAACGUAUGGAUGAUAAUCUUCAGGAGGAAGCAGGAAUGAAAGGCAACGCUCUGGGGAGUUCCACUUUUCAUCAGCCCCACAAGUUGACCUCUCAGCAACGAGUGGCUGAAGAAUGUGUCAGCACCCAACCACUAAGGAGCGCUGGAAAAGCCUGCUGUCCCCUAACAUGCCCAUUCAAAGAAGGCAAGAACCGGAAAAAAGCCAAGCUUGCUGGUAGAAGACACACUAGUCCAAGCCUUGCCCCUCCAUUCCCUCCAAUGCUGGAACUACAGGGGAUGUCUUACGGACAAGUCUCCCAGAAUUUGGAUCUCCAAAGCCAGUGUCCUUUCAGUAUGCCACAGUGCAGGAGGACUCCAGAAAAUCCUGAGGCUGCCCAUGCAGCCCCUUACAUGUCUAUCUCUGCCCCUGCCAGACCAGGAGUGGAUUUGUCACAACCCCCGUCAUUGAGUCACCAGGUGAUGGGUUGCUGUCAUCAAAACGCUCAUGAAUGCAUGCCUGUCAGGGACAAGAGCAGAGUGAUGAGUCUGUAUGCUGAACUGAUCAGAGAACUGGAGCGGCAGGUGGCAGAGUUGAGGAGAGCGCUGGCGUCUCGGGAGGAGGCUGCUGUGCGGCAGGAGAAGAGGAUCCAGGAGCUGGAGCUGGAGAACUGUGAGCUGAAAGCUCUCAUCCAGAACUUAGAGGAGCAGAACGACUUCCUGUCCAUCAGGAACGGUGCAGGAGGAGGCGCACCAGCCAGGGUGGUGCUGGGAAUGGGGGACUCUCUCUUUGAUGUCAAUGAAAACAAUAUUCAGUUCCUCAAAAGCCUGGUGGCAGUACUGGAGAACGUCACACCUUCACAGGUCAGUGGUCUGCAGCCACCACCUUCUCUGGAAGAUCAGAGGCACGCGCCAGCCACUGUGCCACAUAUCUCACCAGGUGGCUUGUCACCCUGGAUAAAUGCAGGAGAUGGGCCAGGAAGUCCCAUUGGGCUCAGUGAUGCCACCAGCACAUGGGACAACCAUGUACAAGAGACACUGUCUGAUGAGUCACCUGUAUGGGCAUCGCCAAUGGAGGAGAAUGGGAGGACGAAGCUGGAACUAGUCCCCAACUCGCAAGUCUACGUUUCCCACCACCAGCUGGACGACCUAUCCCAAGUCUCCACCGACAAGCCUGAGCUGAUGACCAGACGCUUGUUGGAUUACUUCUUCUCUCGUGAAACUCUUGCCCGGUCUUCGGCUACUGGACAACGCAUCGCCCACAACAACAUGACCAUGGAGAAGCCCACCCCAUUGCCGGUUGCUGUUGUAAAUGCUAUCAAAGAGUACGUCACCAAAACAUGCGGCAGAGGCUGCAAUUUCAACGCGGUGAUCAACAGUAAAUGUGGGACCUCCCGAAGGGCAGUUAAGAAAAUGAUUGACCCGGACUGUCAAAGUGGACCGAAUGGCGUUACAACCACUAUUUUCCAAGAACCCCUCAAAGGGUAGCACAGUAAUCCAUUUUGAGACCAGGAUGGCACAGAUUUGGGUUCCUUCAUGUGCAGCAAUAGUGGCAGAUGGAGAUCAUGAAGAGACCAGGUUCCUAUGGAUUGAGUCUUAACUUGCCAGUACAGGGGACAGGGAAGAGAGGAUGGAAUUUGUCAUGUCUCUCUUGGAAAUCUCAGCAAGUGGAAUGACCUUAGAACUCUUCAUUUCAGGAAGCCUUGAAUAGUCUGGAUGAGAACUUGACUCCCAAGUAUUUUCUCAGCUAAGUGUUUGUCUAGAACAGUUAAGCAAUCUGAAAACAGAUUUCCCUAUUCUGUUACCUGGGAACCAUAAUUUUAAUUUCUUAUCCACUAGCAUCUCCCAAAAUGGGACCACCUCACUCCUACUUGUUUUUUAAGUUUACUAGCUCACACUCAGUUUUACCUUCAGCUGCAAACUGUUUGGUGCUACUAGCUUUGUAAAUUGCCCACGGUCCUCUCAAUCACCAUUAUUUUAUGAAGGUGGGAAGGUAAGUCAGAUAUCCAUUUAAAGAGUCACCCGCUGGGGGAAUUUGAGCUCUCACCCAUUUCCUCUGCAACCCUCAUCUCCUGCAAACUGGUCUGGACAGCCAACUGUGGAAGCCACUUGUUACUGAAGCAAAAACAUGGCAAGACGCUAGCUUCUAAUAAAUGUUAUAUUUCUUGUAAAUAAGACAAGUUUCAAACUGGAGUGUAA